AUUGUGGGCGUGCACGCAUGUGCUUGUCGAUUAGUGAGUGGACACAGCGUGAUAGACCAUGCAGCUUUCAUUGAUCAUUACCAACCUCCUGGCUGACACGCUGAACCCAUCAUGUCGGGGAAGCAGCUAACAGGUACCUUGGCUGUGGCUGUGUUCACAGCAGUUCUCGGGUCCCUGCAGUAUGGCUACAGUCUUGGAGUCAUCAAUGCACCCCAGAAGGUCAUUGAAAAGCAUUAUGGACGGUUCCUGGGGGUGUGGUCAGACAGGGCCAAUGACCUGUCAGAAAACAGCACAGAAGAAGAAGAGUUCUCAGAAGCGGGACAACACCCUGCUGUGGUCAUGUAUUGGUCAUUGUCUGUGGCAGUCUUCUCCAUUGGUGGCAUGUUAUCGUCCUUCCUGGUGGGAUUUGUGGGAGACCUGAAAGGGAGGGUAAAGGGCAUGUUAAUGGUCAAUGUUCUGGCUGUAGCUGCUGGACUGCUGAUGGGUCUUUGCAGGAUGUGGAAACCUCACAUCAUGGUGAUCUCCGGCCGUGCUGUUAUGGGCUUUUACUGUGGACUGACAUCUGGGCUAGUGCCUAUGUACAUUGGAGAAAUUGCACCUAAGGCUUACAGAGGUGCUCUGGGAACAAUACACCAGCUGGCUAUUGUCACUGGCAUCCUAAUUAGUCAGGUAAUAGGCUUGGACUUUGUACUUGGUAAUGAUGAAAUGUGGCCCCUGUUGCUUGGACUGUCUGGAGCUCCGGCAGUAUUACAAUCCUUUCUGCUGCCUCUGUGCCCUGAGAGCCCACGGUACCUUUACAUUCGACUAGGCAAGGAUCAAGAGGCUCAAAAAAGUCUGCUUCGUCUAAAGGGGGCAUAUGAUCCAACUGCUGAUCUGGAAGAGAUGAGGAGAGAGAAAGAGGAGGCACAAAGGGAGUCCAUGGUCUCUAUUCUUUCUUUGUUUUGGAUUCUGGUUUUCACCCUUUUGGAUUUCUGUUGGGCAGCCUUUGUUUUUGGACUCAGUCAAUCAGCCAUUCUGUUUAUCCGCUCCUCUGUGUACAGAAAGCAGCUGAUUGUUGCCCUCAUGAUGCACCUCUCUCAGCAGUUGUCUGGCAUCAAUGCGAUCUUUUAUUACUCUACGGAUAUCUUCAGUCGGGCUGGUAUCAGUCAGCCAGUCUACGCCACUAUAGGAGUCGGGGUCAUCAACACAGUCUUUACUCUGGUGUCUGUUGUACUGGUGGACAAGGCUGGCAGGCGCACUCUGACUCUGGCUGGACUGGGAGGGAUGUGCUGUUGUGCAAUUGCCAUGACAGUGGGCCUCAAAUUCCAGAGUGACAACUCGUGGAUGAGCUAUGUCAGCAUGUCAGCUAUCUUCCUCUUUGUGAGUUUCUUUGAGAUUGGUCCUGGUCCCAUUCCAUGGUUCAUAGUCGCUGAACUGUUCAGCCAGGGACCUCGGCCUGCAGCCAUCGCUCUCGCUGGCUGCUGCAACUGGACCAGCAACUUCAUUAUAGGCUUAACCUUUCCAUAUAUACAGGCUUGGCUGGAUAGUUAUGUGUUCAUCGUGUUUGCUGUGCUGCUCCUUGGUUUCACCGUGUUUAUUUAUCUUCGGGUCCCUGAGACGAAGGGCAAAACUUUUGAUGAGAUUGCUGCGGUCUUCCAAAAGGGCCGAAAAAAGUUGGCACAGAGCCCCAAAGACGAUACGGAGCUACAGCAGCUCAAAACAUCCACAGAUGCUUGAAACAACUGUGUGUUUGUGUAGUGUAUUUGUAUUCGUGUCAAAGGUUGUGUGUAUCUUUCAGUAUUUCAAAUGUAAAGUGCUAAUGUACAUUUUAGUACUAUAACUACAUGGUGAAUUAAGGACUCGUGUAAACAUUUUUCAAUGUAAAUGUAGGUGCUACACAAAAACCAGAAGUGACUUACAAUAUCAUGUUUCCGUUAUAUGGAGUGGUGUUUACAUUUAAUCAAAAUAUCAACUUUUAUUGCAGUAUUGUGACUUAAUGGUUAAAGCAGCUACAAUCAAUAUUGGACUACAUGACUGUGAUGAUUUUUAUGUGAAAGGGGUCGUAUUGUAUUCAACCUAUAGAAAAUUAUGUUCCGACUCUGCAGUUCCCCUCGGCUCUACUAAGCUUUUGUAACCAGGUGAUAUGGUCAAACCAUAAAUAUACAGGAGAUUAAAGUUAUAAAACCUC